UCUAAUCAGUGUUUUAACACCUGCUCUUUACAUCCUGCUCUUCCUAAUUAAACCGAACCUGUUCAUACAUUUAAAGGAGUGAUACUGGAUUGGUGUGGAGCGUCGACUCAUCCUGCAUCUACACAUAUUCAUCCCUCCAAACCUCAGUAAUGUUUCUCAUUUUGGGAAUUCAGGAACAAGCCGGUUUGGAGACAAUGAGCUCAGAGUGAAGGAGCUGUGUUACAUACACUAAUGAAACAAGAGCACAGAGAGUAUAAAACACAGACACGAGCAAGGAUGAGACUCAUCACUGAGAGCCUGGACCACUGAACAACUGAAGAAGAAGAAGAAGAAGAAGAAGCAGAAGAAGAAGAAGAAGAAGAAUGAAGAGGAUGGCUCGAUGCUGUAACUGCAGCAGACUGUACCUGACAGUGACGGUGAUGAUGUGUGUCCUCAUCUUCACUGAGGGAGUCAGUCUGAACGACCUGCUGGACCGAGCAUCACAACUCUCUGACAAACUGCAUUCACUCAGCACCUCGCUCACCAAUGACCUGGACUCUCACUUCCCCUCAGUAGGAGGAAAGCUGAUGAAGCCGUCCAUGUGCCACACCUCGUCCCUACAGAUCCCCAAUGAUAAAGAUCAAGCCCUCAUUAUACCGGAGAACGAGCUCCUGUCUCUGGUUCGCUCUCUGCUCAUGGCCUGGUCAGAUCCUCUCGCUCUGCUGUCAUCAGAGGCCACCAAUCUGCCCCACCCUGAGCGCAGCUCCAUCAACACCAAAACCAGAGAGCUGCAGGACCACACCAACAGCCUGGGGGUCGGCCUCGAGCGCCUCGUCCGCAAGAUGGGUUCAUCCCCCGAGUCUCUGUCCUCUCUACCAUUCAACAGUAAUGACCUGGGGCAGGACAACGUCUCUCGCCUGGUCAACUUCCACUUCCUGCUGUCGUGUUUCCGCAGAGACUCACACAAGAUCGACAGUUUCCUCAAAGUGCUGCGCUGCAGAGCUUCUAAGAUGCUUCCAGAGAUGUGCUGAAGGGGGUCACGUUCUCACGUUCCUCCUCAGAACCUCUCUGAAUGCAGCAGUCAGAAAUGUUAUAGAUGCUGAAUGUUCCUUUUAAA